AUGCCUAUUGCUGUUUCAGGAGAAUUAAAGGUGUCGUGGAGACGGAAGUCCAGAAUAGCGCACCUGAUCGUUAAAUACGAAUUGGAUGAUAGACAUGCGCAUAAACUGGUGUUCGAGAUGACAAACGAAAACCUACGACUGUUCAUCGACUGCAUCGAAGCCGUUUCUGGACAGUAUCCAGAAAUCGAUUUCAGCAUCUUGGAACGACACAAACCUAGGGUUUGGGUCGGACAGCGCUUCUGGGGCAACUCGACGUUCAUCGGCGACAUCUACAACGUCAGCAUGCAGAGUGGCGCUGGGUAUCACUGCAACAGCGGAGGGCGAUCGAGCUUUGUGAAGCCCCCGUUCGGACAACAGGAGCCCUCUUCGACUCCCAACAUACCUCAAGAAAACACGCUGAACGAAGAGACGCAGAAAACUGUCAUCAAGGAGUUGAGUCAGCGAGUGAAGUACUUGGAAAACGAAAUGAAGCACUGGCGACCGAUGGCAUCGGCACCGUCGCAGUCUUCAGAAGUUGUCGACCACGACCUCGUGCAAAACAAAACCUUUGGUGAAGCUUGUCCCCAUUGUUGGGAAUACAUAAGUUUCAAGGUAAAUUAUUUGGAAGAAGAGUUCAAACGAUGGCGCCACAACGUCAACAAGAUAAACCACCAUUUAAAGAAGCUCCUCCUACAUCAACGCGGCUGUCAGGUAUGGUGA